GCAAUCGAACAGUUUGGAUCUCGUUAUAUCCUCGUGACGGAGCCGAUUAGAUCUCUGGCAUUACUCGCCGCUGCGGUUGUCUGUUGCUCGCGUAGAACCCUAAACCCAGUGCCGGAGAUCAUCUCAGCGGCGGUUCCAAAGGCGAACCAGGUUGACAACCAGAUACAAAAUGUCACGAGUUUAUGUUGGGAAUUUGGACUCACGAGUCUCAGAAAGGGACCUGGAAGAUGAAUUCAGAACGUUUGGUGUUCUUCGAAGCGUUUGGGUUGCUCGAAGGCCACCUGGUUAUGGCUUUGUUGAAUUUGAUGAUCGAAGAGAUGCAAUGGAUGCAAUCCGUGAUAUAGAUGGAAAACAUGGGUGGCGUGUGGAGCUUUCUCACAACUCUAAAGGUGGUGGUGGUGGACGUGGACGAGGUGGCAGUGGUGGUGGGCGUGGACGAGCUGGUGGUGGGGAUUCGAACUGCUAUGAAUGCGGUGAACCUGGUCAUUUUGCCCGAGAGUGUAGAUUACGCAUUGGGUCAGGUGUUUUAGGAAGCGGAAGGCGCAGAAGUCCUAGCCCACCUCGCUAUCGCAGGAGCCCUAGCUAUGGCCGUGGGAGUCGCAGCCCACAAGGGAGGAGGUCUCCUCGUCGUCGCAGCUAUUCACCUCGAAGUAGGUCGCCUGCAUACCGUCGGGAAGAUUCCCCCCAUGCCAAUAGAAGCCCCGGUAGGGAUAGAAGGCGUAGCUAUUCGCCUCGUCCUGAGAAGAACUUCAGUCGUUCGCCAGCAUAUACUCGUGAAGAUCCUCCUCAUGCCAAUGGGGAUGGACAACAGAGCAGGAGCAGGAGCAGGAGCAGGAGCCAGAGCAGGAGCUGAAAUGCAUCAUGAAUUUUAGGAAUUGCUGUUACAAUAGGGGUUGCUUGGACUACCUUUGACUGGUAAUUAGUUGGCUUAAAGGGGGUUGAGUGUGGAAAAAUAGAGCUUUCAAUCAAUUCUUCGCAUAUAAGUUGGAACUCUCCUCAGCUUUGCUGGUACUCGCAGUUGUUACUUUUUUUUCUAGUUUCGUUAAUCAUGGUUUCAUCUCUAUUCUGGAUAUCGAAUACAAUGUUGUAGUGGCAGACUAACGCCUAAUUACUUGCUACUUUAAUAUGCUAAGUUUUUGUUUGCUGAAGGUCAUUAACGAAUGCAUUAUCCUGUCUGUUUUUGUUUGA